AUGUCAGCAGAUGUGGCUAGAGCUCACGGUGGAGACGCUGGUGGUGAUCCUCCACCGGAUCCUACUAGGAUCCCGACUACAUGUGAGUCAGGAAUCCCAACUAAGAAAAAGGGUUGUGGCGCAGCUAUUGGAAAAGAUCUAGAGGAGAGGUGGCGUAAAAAUGGAAAACCACUAGAAGUAGCGUUUUGCCCACGAAUGUACAAGGUUGUUGGGGGCGAGCAUGCUGCUUUUGUCCGCCUUGUGGGAACCCAAAUUAAAACGAAAGUUCUCAGACAUUACGAUUCAUGGGAAUUAGUGCCUAAACAAUACAAGGAUCAGGUCCUUGGCAUAAUUCAGUACUAUUAUCAAAUAGCGGGCCGCGAGGAUUUCUUAAAGUGUUUAGAUGGUAUCGAUCGAGAGAUGAAAGACCGAUACCGUAAUAGGAAAACACUAAGACACGAACACUUUGAGAAACACUACAAUGGACCAGAGGAUUGGGAUAAGGUUCUAAACAACCCAACCAAUGAUGUUAACAAGGAGGAGUGGAAGCAGAUCUGUCAGUUAUUUACAAGUCCACAAUUUAUUGCGCGCUCCAUAAAGAAUAAGGAAAAUCGAAAGAAACAAAAGUAUUCUACAACGCAGGGUACAAAAUCGCUGGCAGCCGUCCGUUUUGAAAAAACGAACCCGGACCUCAUUGAGUCAUGGAAGGAUUAUCAUUGGAAGAAAGCAACAAAUGAUUUCGUGAACGAUGAUGCUCGCCAAGAUUAUGAAAAACUGAAGGUUGAUUUUGAGUUACAAACUCAGCAAACAUCCACUGAUGCUUCUAAUAAUGAUAGUCCGUCAACAGUUGAUCAGGUGGAGGUGCUACAAAAAGUAUUAGGCCAAAGGCGUGGACAUGUGCGAGGAGUGGGCCGCAAAUUGAAGGGGUCGGGGUCGGGGUCAAGGUCGAGGUCGGGGUCGGGGUCGGGGUCAUCAUCUACCCAACAUUCUCACUUCAGCGAGUCUCAAGUUCCUCCUCAUCAUUCAAGAGAAUAUAUAGAAAAAUUGGAGAAUAAUUUACAGAAAUUGACUGAUCAAGUUAAUUUCUUAACUCAAUAUUUUGUACAUUCAUUUCGUCCACCAAACGUUCAGAUGCCGCCUGUGCUUGAUAGUGACAAUAUUUCUAGGGCUUCGUCUUCUCAACCUCCAGCUCCAACUCAUCCUUCUAUGUACGGGGCAGCACCGUCUCAACAUAUGGUACCUCCAUAUAUGUACAGAGUUCGAUUCCACCGUCCUCCCAGCCAUCGUAUCCCUACAUGUAUGGAGCUGGAUCGUCCACAUUACCUCCCCAAUAUCCUUGGCCGAUGCCGCCACCGCAGCAAUCAUAACCACAGCCACCGCAAGAACCACAACAAGAAGACAAUAGGGAGGAGGACGAGGCAGCUGAUUUAG